GAUAAGAGUAUUUCUGCACAAAACACACGCAGAAGGGGCAUUAAGACCGUUCUGCAACGCCCUCCUUUGCCCCAAAUUGCUCCUGCACCAAUGGUGCCAUCAAGUGCUACCUCAUCUCUUCCUCCACUUCCCCCAACACGACGUGCUCAGUCUCGAACGCUUAUUAAGACCUCCCAUGAGAAUGUCCUCUAUAAUGUACCUACCACUAGCCUUCCUCCAGAGGACACCCAAUCUGUUUUGUCGGUCGAUGGACUCUCGAUGAUGAAAACCCAUAAGGUCGAUCCAAAGUUAAAUGAUCCUUCGGAAUAUACCAAUACUCUUCCUCCACCCAUCUUGAACUCUAUACGACUAACUCGUGGCAGCACAUUCAGUCUGACCACCAGUGUUGCUAGUGGCCCAGAAGACGGUGAUACUGCCUCGUCCGGACGUGCUGAAGAGAAGCGUGCUAGAACCCGCCUCGGACGUUCGCGACUUCGGCGUACUGGGGCUAGUCGAUUAGAGAGUCCUGAUGGCUCUCGUGGAGAAAGAUCACGAUCCUCUUCUUUGUUUAGCCGACUGAAGCAUAGCCUCUCGUCCAAGAAGUCUAAGGCGUCGACACUAGAUCUUAAUACCUGCCAUAGUGCUGUCACGAUCAGCGCUACAAGUCCCACAAACCUUUCGAAUGCGCCUUCUAAGAAUUUGCGAAGAGCCCAUAGCUUCAGUGUUCCUCCUCGGCUGGCUAGUCGCAGGCUUGAGUCUCGUUCCUCCUUGGAUACUCCUGUACGAAGAUCGGCAUUUUCUGUCUCUUCUACCUCGGCCUCUAGUCGGCGUCUGCUUGCUCGUUACAAGUUCACUGCACUUGUGUCGAUGCUUCGACGAAACAGACCUGGGGGGUGUCGAUCCAACAGUCUUCUUUCUGUUGGCCGGCGCUCCAACAAUCCUAGCCCUGGCUGGUCACGUUGGAACCAGAUGCGUCAGGACUUAGUGGCACGGCAACGCGAGGCUCGGCUCGUUUUUCGUCACCCGACCUCUGCUGAUAGCCGUCGAGCCCGGCGAUCUGAUUCUCCCAUGCGUUCAGGUGCCAAGAAUUCUGUAUGUAUUAUUGGCGGUGGCGGCAGUCCCCAGGAUCCUCGGGACUUUGCCGGUGGGACUCUGAUUAGACGUCGCUUCGGCCCUGGUUCCUUAAUUUCUCAGUCGAACAUGCACCUUACUCCGUCUCUGACGCCUUCUAUCGAGACAGCCUCGUCUGUAUGUCAUUCCACAACUAGCCCUGCUCAUAACCCGUCUACUCUUACUGACCGAGGCCCUGUUUCUGUUUCCUUCCGACGUGCAACUCUACUAAACACUCUCCAGGCUCCGGUGCCUUCAUCUACUAGACUCGCGGAUGAGGUGGAAGUCACACCAUUGGGUCCACAGAACCAGCCACGCAUUUCACUGGUCACGAAAUGGACAAGGAACUCACGACCUUUGCGUAGCUUGCGUCAGCGAGCUGGCCUUGAGUUAGAGUCCAAAACCUCUUUGCCAAAUGAAGAAAUUCUACUCGAAUCUCCACCCAAACUACGACUGCCUGCUGGCGGGGAUUCAGAUCGGCCGUGCCGCUUCAUUGCUCCGCUUCGCAGCCUCAUAUCUCGUGACCGCCUUUUGCGUGCCAGCAAGCGAUCUCGUCUCUCAGCCCUCGUUUGUACUAGUCCAUUUUCUGCAACUUUGCUGCCUGGACAACUGAACAACUCAUCCCCAGCAGGAAAUGGGACCGCUCCUGACAGGGGUCAAGCAACUUCGUUUUUACGUCCAGAGUAG